GGCUCUUAGCUACAAGAUUCGUAGUGGUGCUUUCUUCCACAAUGUCCGACCAAGUGACCUACGCGACACUCACACUUCAGGAUUCCGCUGGGGCAAGAAAUAACCGCAACGGAAACAACCUAAGAAAAAGAGGGCAUCCAGCUCCAGCCCCUGCAUGGCGCCAGGCUGCCCUGGGUCUGUUCAUUCUUUGCCUGAUGCUGCUGAUUGGGCUGGUGACCUUGGGGAUUAUGUUUUUGCAGAUGUCAAAUGAAAUGAACUCGGAUUCAGAGAAACGGAAUCAGCUUCAGAAAAUCAUCCACCAGCAGCAGGAUAACUUAUCCCAGCAGUUGGACUUGCCUGCACAGGAAGAAUCUCUCAAAUCACAGAUAUCCGAUCUACUGAAGAGGCAGGGACAACUGGCCAUCAGACUCUGUGAGGAGCUAAUCAUUCACAUGUCAGACCACAGAUGUAAUCCUUGCCCUGAGACAUGGCAAUGGUACCAAAACAGCUGUUAUUAUUUUAUAACAAAUGAAGAGAAAACGUGGACUAGUAGCAGAAAGCACUGCAUGGACAAAAAUUCUACCCUGGUGAAGAUAGACAGCGUGGAAGAAAAGAAUUUCCUGAAAUCGCGGCCAUUGCCCGUGUCGUCUUUGUUUUGGCUGGGGUUGUCAUGGGACCAUUCUGGCAGGGAUUGGCUAUGGGAAGAUGGCUCUAUCCCCUCUCCAUCCUUAUUUAAUACGAAAGAACUUGCCCAGAUCAACGGAUCCAAAGGAUGUGCUUAUUUGCAAAAAGGAAAUAUUUAUAUUUCUCGCUGUAGUGCUGAAAUUUCUUGGAUUUGUGAGAAGACUGCUGCACUAGUGAAGAUUGAUGAUUUGGAUUGACAGGCUUCUUCCAGAUUUACCAAGUGGGAAGAGACUUGUGAGUAAGCCCAGGUGAAACAGGAGGAAGCUACAGAGCUGGAGCCAAAACAGAGCACAAGCUGACUAUGUGUUUACACCAUCAGCAAGUGGAAUUGCUUCUUAGAACAUUCUCCACUUCGUUGUCUGAUGUCUUCUGUCUGGCAUUCUUACUCAUCAGUCUUCCUACAUAUCACCUGCUCGUCUGUUAUUCUCUACAGAUUUAAAAGUGUGUGAGCUAAUCCAACUUUUGUAUAUGCACCAAUAGAAAGUCGAGAACAAAGGAAUUAUAUCCAGCAUAAAUUUUAGUAAGAAUUACAAAAUAUAUUAAAGCCUGAAUUUUGGAAUACACAUGAUCUUUUAUCAUAGUUCAAGUGACCAGGCUUAUCAGUUUACAGGCCUGAAACACAAGUCACAUGUACAUGGAUUUUAAAAGGAGCUUUAUUCUUUAAUUUCUCUUUCACAGUUUAAUACCACUGUCAGUCUCACAAAGAUAAAAAUUAUUCAAUAAAGGUCAAAAAACCCUGUGCCAGGCCCUCACACAUUUUUGUUUCUCUUUCUUUCCAU